CCUUGGAUUGCUUCCUUUUCCGACUAAACACUUAGCAGCUAUGGUGCCGGAUGACGAGCCCCAGGGGCCUAUAUUGCAAACUGACAUCGCCGAACAGAUAACCCACAUCCUUAAGUGUGACGCAACGCUGAAGGCGUUGCGGGUGGUCUCGCGGGAAUGGAAGGGCUUGGCGACAUCGCGUGUGCGGACAUUGAAGCCACGGUCUGGACAGCGUGGUUUGGAGCUCGACCUGGAACUGCUCGCUGAAAGGUUUCCAUGUAUCGAGACGCUCGAUUUGCGCACCGUGCACGGGCUAGUUCGGGACGAGUCCCUUGCCGGAUGCGCCAAGCUUCGCAACUUACAGAGCCUAGUGCUCGAUGGCUGCAAGCAGCUCACCAACGAAGGUCUUAAAUGCAUCUCUACAAACAUUCAAACGCUAAGCCUCCGCCACUGCUCCCAGGUCACUUGGACCGGCCUUCGAGCCCUCUCCCGCCUGCCGCACCUCACCUCCCUCAACAUCGCCGGCGUCAAGCUCCCACCCACACCACCAGCUGCCCAACCCGUCGACCAAGCCGGCCCAGCAAACCCACCCCCGGCCCAACAGCACCCCAACCCCAACCCACAUGCACCCAACCAGCCCGACGCUUCCACUUCGGCUUCGCUUCCCCUUCUGCUGCUGCUAACCCGCCUAGAGUCGCUCACCCUGGGAGACCCCAUGUCGCUGUCCUUCUUCAGCGACCGGGCGCUGCUGGAGCAGCUGGUGGGCGCCGACAGACCCGCGGGUCGGCGUGAGGGCGAGGAGUGGGGGCCGGGUGGCGCACCUCAGCUGACGUCGUUGGACCUGAGCGGCUGCAUCGACCUCUCGGACUGGGCCGUGCACCAGCUCUGCUCCUCCCUGCCGCGCCUCUCCCGCCUCAGCCUGCAGUCCUGCGUGCGGCUCACCAACAUGGGGCUCUCCGACCUGCCGCGCCUGGCGCCCCGCCUGACCGCCCUCAACCUGCGCGGCUGCAUGCAGCUCAGCGACGCGGGGCUGGGGCCGGGACUGGGCGGGCUGGGGGCGCUGCAGGAGCUCAACCUGCAGGGCUGCACGGCGGUGACGGGCGCCUGCCUGUCCGAGCUCUCCUCCUGCUCUCAGCUCUCUUCCCUCUGCCUAGCCCACUGCGCCUCGCUAGCCUCCCUGGAGCCGCUGCGGGGGCUGGCGGGUUGCCUGCGCCGCCUGGACGUGAGUCACUGCGCCAAGCUGGGGGUGGGGUCGCUGGCGGCGGUGACGGGGCUGCCGCUGCUGGAGGAGCUCAAGGCCAGCCACCUGCGCAGCUCCACCUCCCUGCCGCCCGCCACCGCCUCCCAGCUGGCGCACCUCUCCUGCCUUGCCCACCUGCGCCUCCUCGACCUCUCCCACCUCUCCCACCCGGGCGGCUUUCCACCCGCGCUGCUCUCCGCCAUUGCGGCCCUCACCAGCCUCACACGCCUCUGUCUGGCGGGAUGCGAAAAGCCAGCAGCAACAGCAGCCGCCAGCAGCAGCGGCGCCAGCAGCAGCAGGAUGAAUGGCGCCAGCGGUGGCAGCGGCGCCCUUCCACCAGCGGCACGGCAGCAGGACACGGCUGGAGCUGCUGCUGCUGUGGAAGGGACGCCUGCGGGUAGCGGGGAUGCUGCCGGCGCGAGCGAUGCUUCUCCUUCUUCUUCCUCUUCCUCUUCUUCCUCUUCCUCUUCCGCGCCAAGCAACAGCGGCGACAACCCAGUAGCAAGCAACCCCGGCAGCAACAACAGCAGCAGCAGCAACGGCGUUGCGGACGUGGCUGACGGUGCGUUGUCCUUCUUAGCAAGUUUGCGGCAUCUGGAGGAGCUCGAUCUGGGUGGCUGGCAGGAGGUGGAGGCGGGGGAGCUAAGCUGGCUGGCGGGAGCCACCCGGCUGCGACGGCUGGUGGUUUCGCGGCUGGGCAACCGGCAUGUGGGCGGCAGGCGGCGGGGCACGUGCGGAGUGGAGGGCUGCGACUGCCGCUGCGGAGGGAAGGGGGCGGAGGGAGAGGAAGAGUACUCGUCGUCGUGUCCAAGUCUGUGCAGCAGCACGCCGGAAGAGGGAGGAAGCAGUCCCCUGGGGAGUCCGGUGAAGAAGGCGGUGUCGGGUGGAGCGGGGGCUGCUGCUGCUGCUGGCGUGGCUGGGAAUGCGCUGCAGGAGCAGUUGCAGCAGGCCAGGCAGCGGUUUGAGCAACAGCAGCAGCAGCAGCAGCAGCGGGAACAACAGAAGGAGCAGCAUGUGUCAACAGCGUCCGCAAGUGGGGCGUCGUUCUCGUCGACCUCCUCGUCUUCUUGCUCUUCUUCCGCCACCUCCUCCUCCUCCUCGCCGCCUGCCGGCCCCGCCACGCCCUCCCUGUCCUCCCUGGAAAGGCAGUUGGCAGCAGUGGAGCUCUCACCCGCACCCGCAGCACCUGCACCUGCACCUGCAUCCGUGCCAGGCAGCCACCCUCAUGGAUCCGCUGGAGCUACGGAUGGGACUGCAACUGAGGUCAACGUGCCUACGCGGGCUGCUUCUUCGUCAUUGUUACCAUCCACAGCAGCGACAGCAGUGCCUUCCGCAGCGGGGGGAGCAGCAGCAGCGGCAGCAGUAGACGACCCCUUGGCGCCCCUCCUGGCUGCGCUGCCGCCGGUGCGGGCACCUCGGCCUCGAGUGGAGCAGCAGGAAGAGGCUGCUGCUGCAGCCGCUGCUUCUGACGGCCAGCAUGCUGCCAGCAGCGCUUCCGGUGAUGCUGAUGCUGAUGGCGCCGUCGCUGUACCACCCGCCGCCUCCGCAGCGGCAGCAGCUGCCAGCAGAGUCUGGGAAGCAGCUGGGCAGUUGUCGGAGCGCCUGAAGCAGCUGGCACCCGUCACGCCCACAGGCGGACUGGCGGGGGCGGUGGCGAGGCUUGCACUGACGGUGAUGUGUCUGACAGAGGUGGUGCUGGAAGCCUGCAAUGGUGUCAACGACGAUGUGGCAGCGCAGCUGGCUAAAUUCACCCGCCUGGAGAUUGCCAACCUAGGCGGCUGCAAUCGACUGACGGGAGCGACCCUCGGCUCCUUCGCGACCCACGGGUCUCUCCACACGCUGGUGCUCGCGAACUGCACGUCACUCACCAAUGAGGGCUUACGAGCCGUCAGUGACAUCACUUCACUACGAGUUCUGGACAUUAGCGGCUGCAACCGGAUUACCGACGAGGGAACAGCGACCCUUGGGUCACUGCGACGCCUAAACAGGCUAUCCCUGCGAGGCAUAGCGCGGUGCUCAGAUCGUACAGUAACAGCGCUGACAGAACUUCCAUCCCUGCAGUGGCUAUCAUUAUCGCUAUGCGGAUCAAUUACGGAUGGAUCCUUGCGCCCGUUAUCUGGAGCACUUGGUUUCAAUCCUUUCGGCGGCACUGGCAAGGGCGGCUUUGUUUUAUCAUCCAGCGGGAGCCCCCCAGUCAGGGUCUCUUUCUCAUCAGGGACCAGUAGCCACAACGACGGCAACGAAAAUGGCAGUGACAGUAACAGAAGCGGCACCAGCAAUAGCAACAGCAGCAACAGCUACGCUACUGGAGGCGGUUAUCGCAAUGGCAGCAAUGGAGGCGUUGUCGGUUGCCCCAGCCUUACAUGGUUGGACGUUAGCCACUGUUGGCGGUUAAGCCGAUCUGCCGUACGGGAUCUGGAGGCGGCGCGGCCGCAUCUCAAGAUUAUAUCCACUGGAAGGUAAAGUAGACAGUGCGUAUGGCCGGAUAACACGGCCGAUAAUUCCAGUUCAGUCUUGUUAGGCUUGUUUCUUUAUUAGGAUCUUUAUGACACUAAUGUGUAAUGGCAUUACACAUGUUUAGUUGACAGCAUGCGUGCUUAUUUGGGCGCAUGUGAGGUGGAAGGAGGCCCUUGCGUGUUGUUUGCCUGGCGUAGGGCGACGGCAGAAGGCGUGGAAGUGGUUUUGUUUAAGCAGUGGUUUCAUUAAGCGGUGAUUUCAUGAAGCAGUGAUCCACUGAUUGUAGGCGUGAAGUCAGGGGGGCUUGACAUCCCUUGAGAAUGCGUGUCGUACCGUGUACUGCUUUCCAGCUGGGCGGCCCUGCGACCGGGCAUGCGUAGACAAUGCGUGUGUACGAGGUGUUGCGUGAAAUCUGCCGUACACACACACGUACAAUGUGAUAGUGACAUGAACAGUAAAAAAUGCUAUUGGGAAAUUAUGAGGCGAGCGGCUCGAGGAGGAGAGGUACAGUGUAUGCGGUUCCGCAAACCGAGCCGGGAAUAGGUGCGGCCACAUUCGGUAUGAAGUCUUUGAAGUGCAUGCUUGCUUACUCAAGUUGUGGAGGUCUCCGUACAUACUCAGGCAUUGGUGCUGUUCCGGACUGGUCAGUCUCAGAGGAUGGCACUGGACCGCACUACCGCUGUACAAGUUGUCUUGCGAAUGAGUGAAUGACUGUUACAGUGGUUCCUUAAGGUUUCACAGACGUUUAGAAGCGAGGCCGCCGGCACCAGGACCAGACCCACCCAUGCGUUGGGUGGGCCGUUGGUGGGCCAUGGAGUUUUCAUUUUUCCGGGUUAGCUAGGAAGCGGGAAACGAAGACGGAAGGUAACAUGUCCCUUCCGUGCCAUGUACACUAGAGACUAUGAUGGGCUAGGGCAACAGGGUAACACAACUUUCAUGUGCACCAUAUUAUGAGGAGUCAUCUCCUCCUACCGUCUCUUCUUGCAGGUAACACUCUUCAUUCUUGGUGCAUACGUAGCCGCCUGCAUAGGCUAGUUGCAAAUACUCUUUCCCUUCGUAACCUUACCUUGCGUGUACAAGCAUGGGAUGGAUGCAUCGAAGGGCGGUGGCUUUGUUGUGGAAGUCAUGGAAUUGGCAUGGGGGUAUUCCCCAGCAGCGGCCGUGCGGGCCAUCGUGAACUGAGCCAAGACAGUCGAGCCGAGCGUUCCUAACCACCAUGUCCCAUGUGACAUGGGCCAAGCACGUGGGAGGAGGAUGAUGGUGGUGAUGGGUUGGGGCCGGAGAAGGUUUGGACUAGAGGAGUGAUAAGUGUAAUAACAGACAAGAUGCUCCAUUUAAAAAGACAC